AGUCUAUCUCUCUCUGUCAUCUCUCUCUCUCUCUCUCUCUCGCAGUGUGUGUGAUGUGUGUGUGAGUUCUCGCUCAGUCGCUCUGCAAAAGAUUCGAAAAUGUCAACACUUCAAUUAGCCACUUCAUGCUCUCCUCCUCUUUCAUCAUCUUCUUCUUCUACUUCGCCUUCUCAUUCAAAUCCUUCAUUAUCCGUAGGAAAUAAUUUCAUCAAAUUCCACCAUUUCAGAAACAUUUCCAUCUCCGCCAAACACGCCGCAGCAAAAAAUAGAUCUUUGAGGCACCCAAUUACUUUCAGAAUAAAUUGUUCUGCAGAGGCAGCAGCAGCAGAUGGCUCGGAAGAAACGGUGAAGGAGAAAAGCGUGUCAGUUAUUCUGCUUGCAGGAGGAAAGGGCAAACGAAUGGGCGCAAGCAUGCCGAAACAGUAUAUUCCGCUUCUAGGUCAACCCAUUGCUUUAUACAGUUUCUACACUUUCUCGAAGAUGCGUGAAGUGAAGGAAAUUAUCGUAGUAUGCGAUCCUUCGUACACAGACAUUUUUGAAGACUCCAAAGAUGACAUCCACGUGGACCUGAAAUUUGCAUUACCCGGAAAAGAGAGACAAGAUUCUGUAUACAGUGGAUUAGAGGCGAUUGAUUCAAAUUCUGAGCUAGUCUGCAUACAUGAUUCUGCAAGACCUCUCGUAUUAACUGAAGAUGUAGAAAAGGUUCUAAAAGACGGAAGACGAAUUGGUGCAGCUGUGCUAGGUGUUCCUGCCAAAGCUACAAUCAAAGAGGCAAAUAGUGAGUCUUUCGUGGUAAAAACUCUCGACAGAAAAAUGCUCUGGGAAAUGCAAACUCCACAGGUUAUCAAGCCUGAAUUGCUUAAGAAAGGAUUCGAAUACGUUAACAGGGAAGGACUUGAAGUCACCGAUGACGUAUCAAUCGUGGAACACCUUAAACAUCCUGUGUACAUUACUCAAGGAUCUUACACCAACAUCAAGGUUACAACACCGGAUGAUUUGUUACUCGCCGAGAGAAUAUUGAACCCCGACACUUGAGAUUCUUCCAACAGUAAUUCCUAAAUAGGAGCCUACAUAUAUAAAAUUCUUUUUUUGCGUCUCGAUAACGUUGAGGUCCAGUGGCGAAAUCUGAGUUUUUUCAAAAAAGAAUUCUUUCUACUUUUAUAUAAAAUUUGCGUAUAAAUUGUUCCAAAUUCUGGAAGCAGUUAUUGGUCAAUUAUACAAGUUUUAAUGAAUAUUUUCACGAGUUCGAGCUCA